AUGUCAAGCCAACUCGAAAGCGAAGCUCCAUUUGAGGCCACUACUUUGGGCUUUUUACGGCGUCAAUUCACUCGACCCAAGCCUUUGCCCGCAGGAAUAACGCUUGACGGCCAAGUCGCAAUUGUCACUGGAAGUAAUGUUGGACUUGGGCUCUCGGCAUGCAAGCAACUGCUCCAGCUGGGUCUAUCACAUCUGGUCAUGGGUGUCCGCUCUCAGGCCAGGGGUGAUGUGGCCGCGGCUCAGCUGCGCAAAAGCUUUCCUUCUGCCCUGAUAUCUGUCUGGAUCAUCGACAUGGAAUCAUAUGAUUCUGUUUGCGCUUUUGCUAGCCGCUGCAAGAGCUUGGACCGGAUCGAUAUUGUGAUCCUUAAUGCCGGGCUUAUCAAGACGCCGUAUACUGUCGUGCAGGCAACAGGGAACGAAGUCACGCUGCAGGUCAACUACCUGUCAACGGCUCUCUUGACAAUCUUGCUUCUUCCCAUUCUCAAAGCAAAGAAAACUGAUGAUGACUCGAGGCCGCCUGUUAUUAGUAUUUUCCAACAAGAAGAGACCUUCAGCCAGUUCUCUUGGUAUGGCAGGUCGAAGCUAUUACAGACAAUAUUUGUCUCCAAGUUGGCCGAAUUUGUCAAUCCCAAUGACGUCCUCGUGAAUUUGUCGAAUCCUGGCAUGACGGGCGGCACUGAUUUCUUCCGUGGAUAUCCUGCUUUGGUGAUGAAGUUGAUUGCUGUCGGCCAAUGGAUUCUGGCGAGGCCGGUUAAUGUAGCUGCUACUACAUAUCUGGAUGCAGUUUUGGUUCAAGGAGAGAAAAGUCACGGCUCAUUUACGAGUGACUGGACUAUAAAGCCAUAUCCGAAGCUUUGGUACACCCCAGAGGGCCAAGAGUUGAAAAAGAGACUCUGGGAAGAAACCAUGGAAGAGCUCAAUUUUGUAGGCGCAUCGAAAAUUGUGAAUGAUCUGAAGGGCUGA